UUGUAUCGAAGGAAUCAACAGCCGCCAUCUUGUCGCGGCUCGGAAUCUGGAUUUCGGUAGAUCAUUAUUUUUAUUUAGCGACAGGACAUCCAAACCUUGGCCAAACGGCUUUAUUCCGCCUGAAAUUAAACGCUUAUGCGAUUUUGAAGAAAAUUACUGCGAAAAACGGGGAAUUGGGUCGGUUUUCGUCGGUCAGAAAACCCCCCAGUAUAUCUGAUUUCCCCUUCAGAAAGCGCUGCUUCCCUCCGUAUCUCCGUUCCUGCCCGUAUUGUUUAGCGAGCUACCGGCGUAUAGACAGCGGCAAAAGAGCGAAAUAUAUCGAGUAUCUUAUUUUUUUCAGUGGUGCAUUUUAUCGGGCGAAGAAAUGGAUUUUGCAGCAAUUAAUUUGACGUCAGAAAAAAAUGGUUAUUUAAAGAUGCAGAUGUAACGACUCGUUGGCGAAGGACAUAAACAUUUUUGGGAUUAUUUUUUAAUUUAUUUUAUCUUUUAAUUUUUUCGAACUGAAAUAUUUUUCGUCGGUGCAGUUAUUAAUGAUAAUAAUGUGGGUGUUGGGUGUUGGAUUAUCAUGGGUUGAAUGGCGGUGGCGAAGCGGGGCGCUGUUGCUACUUUUUUGAAAAAAAUUGUUCCUCGCCUACUGCUGGGCAAAACCAGCUAAUUAUUUACUCCAAAACCGUGAGGGAAAGGAAAGCUCACGGGUUGCUUGGUUAAGAUUUGUUUUUUCCCCCGACAACGUGGGAUUUGCCAUAUUUUUAAGUUAUUUUAUCGAAAAUAACUACAUUCACAAUGGCUGAAAACAUUCUGGAUGUCGGACCUCCCAACCCAAAACGACCGAAGCUGAAUUCACCUGCCCUGUCCACCUCAGAUGGUCCAGUAGACCUGGUCUCUCUGUUUGAUCUGGAGAACGACCUGCCGGAUGAGCUGAUUCCCAACGGCGCCGACCUGGGCCUGCUGGCCCCGCCCCCGGGCCCCCAGGACGCCGCCUCCAAGCACAAGCAGCUGUCGGAGCUCCUGAGGGCGGGGAGCGGGCCCGCGCCGCAGGGCAUGCUGGGAAAGCAGACGCAGAAGCAGGGCGCCCCGCCCAGCUUCCCCCAGGCCAUGCUGAACCGCGCCCACGGCCCCGCGGCCCCGCCCCAGCCCCCGCAGGUGAUGAACGGCACGCUGGCCCACGGCGGGCGGGGCCGGGGCGGGGCGGGGCCGCAGUACCAGGCGGGGGGCGGGGCCGGAGCGGCGGCGGGGGGCGGAGCCGCGAGCGCGCUGGCCGAGACGCUGGCCCAGCAGGGGGCGCCCCAGGCCCUGAACCCCCAGCAGCCCGGGGGCAUCAGCAAGAUGGGUCUGCCUGUGAGUGGUGGCUCCUUUGGACAGGUGUUUGGGCAGGGCACAGGGCAGCAGCUCCAGAACAAACCGCCCCCCUUCCCCUCGGACCUGAAGGGCGCGGCCCCCCAGCCCCACCCCCGCGCCCGCGUGGCCAACGCCGUCCCGGGGAAAGAGCCCCAGAUGCAGCAGCAGGCCCAGGCUCAGGCCCAGGCUCAGGCCCAGCAGCAGGCGCCCUCGGUGGGCAUGGUCCCGGGGCAGGGCGUGUCCGCAGGGCCCACGGCCGACCCGGAGAAGCGCAAGCUGAUCCAGCAGCAGCUGGUCCUGCUGCUCCACGCCCACAAGUGCCAGCGGCGCGAGCAGGCCAACGGCCAAGUGCAGGCCUGCGCCCUGCCCCACUGCCGCACCAUGAAGAACGUCCUCAACCACAUGACCCACUGCCAGGCCGGCAAGUCCUGCCAGGUGGCCCACUGUGCGUCCUCGCGGCAGAUCAUCUCGCACUGGAAGAACUGCACCCGGCACGACUGCCCCGUCUGCCUGCCGCUGAAGAACGCCAGCGACAAGCGCAGCAGCCAGCAGCCCCUGUUGAGCUCUCCUGGAGCAGGGCUGCAGAACUCCAUGGGCACGGCCCCCGGCCAGCAGGCCACGCCCAGCGUGAACACGACCACGCCCAUGGACCCCAGCUCCAUGCAGCGGGCGUACGCGGCGCUGGGCCUUCCCUACGGCAACCAGCCGGCUUCGCAGACGCAGACCCCCGGGCAGCAGACCACGCAGACGCCUCAGCUGCGCACCGUCAACGCCCUGGGCACUGGCCAGAUGAACAUGGGGGGCGUGGCCUCGUCAGAGCAGACCAACCUGCAGUCGGAUUCCUCCCUUCCGUCCUCGCUGAACGCCAACCAGCUGAUGUCAGACGGGGUGGGUGGGGCUAACAUGGGCAUGCCGACCGCCGCCCCCCUGUCCUCCAGUGGCGUGAGGAAGGCCUGGCAUGAACACGUCACUCAGGACCUGCGCACCCACCUGGUGCACAAACUUGUUCAGGCCAUCUUCCCCACCCCGGACCCGGCGGCGCUGAAGGACCGGCGCAUGGAGAACCUGGUGGCCUACGCCCGCAAGGUGGAGGGGGACAUGUACGAGUCGGCCAACAGCAGGGACGAGUAUUACCACUUCCUGGCGGAGAAGAUCUAUAAGAUCCAGAAGGAGCUGGAGGAGAAGAGGAGGUCGCGGCUCCAGAAGCAGAUCAUUAACCAGGCCCCCCUCGCCGCCCAGGGCAACCAGCAGCCCAACGCCCUAGGGCCCCCCCAAACUGGCCUCCCCCAGCCCAACGCCCUGGGGCCCCCCCAGCCCAACUCCCUGGGACCCCCCCAGCCCAACGCCCUGGGACCUUCUCAAGCCGGCCUACCCCAGCCGAACGCCCUUGGACCCCCCCAAACCGGCCGGCCCCCCAACGGACCUGUGCCUAUGCCCAAUGUGCCAAAUCAGAUAAUGAAUCGCAUGCAGGUUUCUCCAGGAAUAAACCAGUUCAGCUCCAUGCCCAUGCAGAACGUGCAGAUGUCCCAGACACCCAUGGGCCCCCGCGCGGCCUCCCCCAUGAACCACCCCGUACAGAACAUGGGCUCUGUCCCACCGAUGGGCAUGUCGCCGUCACGGAUGCCGCAGGCGCAGGGCAUGAUGGGAGCCCACGCGAACAGCAUGGUGGGCCAGACGCCCAGCCAGGCGCCCUUCAUGUCUCAGCCCCAGUUCCCUGCCUCCACCUCAGCCAUGAGCGUCACUGUGGGCCUGAGUCAGCCUGGAGCUCAGAGUGCUGUCACUCAGCUCUCGCAGAAGGCAGCCAGCCUGGACAACCGCGUCCCAACACCGGCGUCUGUCACCAGCGGCGACGCCCACUCCCAGCAUGCACUGCACGACCUGCCGCCAGCCUCCGAGCCCAAAGCCGAGCCUCUGGAUGACGAGCAGGACCCGGAGUCCGCCGGAGCCAAGAUGGAGGCAAAACGAGAGGUGGAGGAGGAUGGAGGCUCUCUAACGGGGAAGCUGAAGGAGGAGCCCAAGCAGGAGGGCAUGGAGGUGGAGGAGCGGAAACCCGACGUGAAGGCGGAGCCCAAGGAGGAGGAGGAGGGCGGGGCCAACGGCACGCCCGCUUCCACCUCCCCCACCCAGCUGCGCCGGAAAAUCUUUAAGCCGGAGGAGCUGAGGCAGGCGCUGAUGCCCACGCUGGAGUCGCUGUACCGGCAGGACCCCGAGUCCCUGCCCUUCCGCCAGCCUGUGGACCCCCAGUUACUGGGCAUCCCGGACUACUUUGACAUCGUGAGGACCCCCAUGGACCUGUCCACCAUCAAGCGCAAGCUGGACACGGGGCAGUACCAGGAGCCCUGGCAGUACGUGGACGACGUGUGGCUCAUGUUCAACAACGCCUGGCUGUACAACCGCAAGACCUCCCGCGUCUACAAGUACUGCUCCAAGCUGGCCGAGGUGUUCGAGCAGGAGAUCGACCCCGUCAUGCAGGGCCUGGGCUACUGCUGCGGCCGGAAGUAUGAGUUCUCUCCACAGACUCUCUGCUGCUACGGGAAGCAACUGUGCACAAUCUCCCGAGACGGGACCUACUACAGCUACCAGAACAGGUAUCACUUCUGUGAGAAGUGCUUCAACGAGAUCCAGGGCGACAGCGUAACCCUGGGAGACGACCCCGCCCAGCCGCAGACUAAGAUCUCUAAGGACCAGUUUGAGCGGAGGAAGAACGACAGUCUGGACCCCGAACCGUUUGUUGAAUGUAAGGACUGUGGGCGCAAAAUGCACCAGAUAUGCGUGCUACACUAUGACGUCAUCUGGCCGUCCGGAUUCAUUUGCGAUAAUUGCUUGAAGAAAAGCGGGAAGACGCGCAAGGACAACAAGUUUUCCGCUAAAAGGCUCCAGACCACUAGGUUGGGCACGUUCAUAGAGGAUCGGGUGAAUAAGUACUUGAAGAGGCAGAACCAUCCGGAGGCCGGGGAGGUGUUUGUACGAGUGGUGGCCAGCUCUGACAAAACCGUGGAGGUCAAACCUGGCAUGAAAUCCAGGUUUGUGGACACGGGCGAGAUGCCUGAAAGCUUCCCUUACAGAACCAAAGCACUUUUUGCUUUCGAGGAGAUCGACGGCGUGGACGUCUGCUUCUUCGGCAUGCAUGUACAGGAGUACGGCUCAGAGUGCUCCUUCCCCAACACCAGGCGGGUGUACAUAUCAUACCUCGACAGUAUUCACUUCUUCAAACCUCGCCUGCUGAGGACCGCAGUCUAUCACGAGAUCCUCAUCGGCUAUCUGGAGUACGUCAAGACGCUUGGGUAUGUAACGGGGCACAUUUGGGCCUGCCCCCCCAGUGAAGGGGACGACUACAUCUUCCACUGUCACCCCGCCGACCAGAAGAUCCCCAAACCAAAGCGCCUGCAGGAGUGGUACAGGAAGAUGCUGGACAAGGCCUUCGCUGAGAGGAUACUGCACGAUUACAAGGACAUCUUCAAGCAGGCGACGGAGGACAGGCUGACCAGCGCUAACGAGCUGUCGUACUUUGAGGGCGACUUCUGGCCCAACGUCCUGGAGGAGAGCAUCAAGGAGCUGGAGCAGGAGGAGGAGGAGCGGAAGAAGGAGGAGAACACGGCGACCUGCGAGACCCCCGAGGGGACGCCAGGGGACAGCAAGAACGGCAAGAAGAAGAACAACAAGAAGACCAACAAGAACAAGAGCAGCCUGAGCCGCGCCAACAAGAAGAAACCGGGGAUGCCCAACGUGGCCAACGACCUCUCCCAGAAGCUCUACGCCACCCUGGAGAAGCACAAGGAGGUGUUCUUCGUCAUCCACCUGCACUCGGGGCCCAUGGUGAACACGCUGCCCCCCAUCAUGGACCCGGACCCCCUGCUGACGUGCGACCUGAUGGACGGGCGGGACGCCUUCCUGACGCUGGCGCGGGACAAGCACUGGGAGUUCUCCUCGCUGCGGAGGUGCAAGUGGAGCUCCAUGUGCAUGCUGGUGGAGCUGCACAACCAGGGCCAGGACCGCUUCGUCUACACCUGCAACGAGUGCAAGCACCACGUGGAGACGCGCUUCCACUGCACCGUGUGCGAGGACUUUGACCUGUGCAUCAACUGCUACAACAGCAAGGGCCACGUGCACCCCAUGGUGAAGUGGGGCCUGGGCCUGGACGACGACAGCGCGGCCGCGGGGGCCGAGGCCUCCAAGAGCCCGCAGGAGAGCCGGCGCCUGAGCAUCCAGCGCUGCAUCCAGUCCCUGGUGCACGCCUGCCAGUGCCGCAACGCCAACUGCUCGCUGGCCUCCUGCCAGAAGAUGAAGCGGGUGGUGCAGCACACCAAGGGCUGCAAGCGCAAGACCAACGGCGGCUGCCCCGUGUGCAAGCAGCUGAUCGCCCUCUGCUGCUACCACGCCAAGCACUGCCAGGAGAACAAGUGCCCCGUGCCCUUCUGCCUCAACAUCAAGCACAAGCUGCGGCAGCAGCAGCUGCAGCACCGGCUGCAGCAGGCGCAGAUGAUGCGGCGGCGCAUGGCCACCAUGCAGGGCCGGGGCGUGCCGCAGAGCCUGCCGUCCCCGCCCGGCACGCCCACCUCCCACCAGCAGCCCAGCACGCCGCAGACGCCCCAGCCCCCCACGCCCAGCCAGCCCCAGACCCCCAACCCCGGCGCGGGGCCGCCCGCCGGGUUCCCCAACAACGGCCCCGCCCGCGCCAGCCAGCCCGCCACGCCGCCGCAGCCGUCCCAGGGCAAGCCCGGGCCCCAGGCCUCGCCCCCCCAGCCCCCGCCGCCCCCCCCGCAGCAGCAGCAGCAGCAGCCCCCCCCGCUGGCGGCCGUGAAGAUGGCGCAGCACAUCGAGCGCAUGGCCCAGGCGCAGCAGCACCAGGGCUACCGCGUCAACGUCAGCGUCAACGGCCUUCCCGGCAUGCACCGGGGCCCGCCGCCCAUGCAGCCCAUGCAGGCCGGACAGUGGCCCAUGCAGGCCGGCCCCGCCCAACCCCAGCCACAUCCCCAGCCGCAGCCACAGCCACAACCCCAACCUCAGCCCCAGCUACAGCCACAACAGGGUCCCUCGCCCAUGCAGCAGCAGGCCCUCACCAUGCAGCGGCCCAUGAUGUCAGCGCAGCAGCAGCAGCAGCAGCAGCAGCGCAUGCAGGUCCCGCAGCAGCAGGUCCCGCAGCAGAGGGCCGUGCCGGGGCCGGGGCCGGGGCAGGGGCCGGGCGCCAUCGCCCCCACCGCGCUGCAGGACCUGCUGCUCACGCUGAAGUCGCCCAGCUCGCCCCAGCAGCAGCAGCAGGUGCUCAACAUCCUCAAGGCCAACCCGCAGCUCAUGGCCGCCUUCAUCAAGCAGCGGACAGCCAAGUACCGGGCCAGCCAGGGCCAGGGCCCGGGGCCGGGGCCGCAGGGCCCCCAGGGUAUGCAGCCGGGUCUGCAGGGCAUGGCCCCCAUGCAGGCGGGGCCGGGGGUAGGGGUGGGGGUGGGGCAGAGGCCCGGCCUGGCCCCUCCUCAGCAGCAGGCCCCGCCCCAGGGCAUGGGCUCCAUGGGGCCCCAAGGGCAGCUGAUGAACCAGGGGCCCAGCCCCCAGCUCCAGGAUCUGUACCGCAGACAGCUCCUGCACCGGCAGCAACAGCAACAGCAACAACAACAACAACAGCAGCAGCAGCAACAACAACAACAGCAACAACAACAACAGCAGCAGCAGCAAGCGGCCACCAUGCAACAGGCGCAUGGCCAGUUCCCCACCCCGCAGCAACAACAGGCGGCCAGCUACACACAGCUCCGCAUGCAGCAGCAGCAGCAGCAACUCGCCCUACAGCAGCAGCAGCAGCAGCAGCAGCAACAGCAGGGGGGAGGUGGGGGGCCCAUGGGGCAGCUCCCAGCCAUGGGGCAGAUGGGCCUGGACUCUCCUCAGAACCUGCUGCACCAGCGCAUGCAGGCGGCGCUGAAGCCCCAGGCGGGCUCCCCGGCCCACCAGCCCGGUCCCAUGAGCCCCCAGCCGCACCUGCCCCCCGGGCUGAGCGGCCAGGUGCGCUCCCCCGCGCCCGUGCAGUCCCCCUGCCCCCCGCCGCCCGCCUCCCAGCAGCCCCCGCAUUCCAGCCCGUCUCCGCGGAUACAGCCCCAGCGUUCGCCCCACUCGGGCUCCCCGCGCCCGCUCCCGCCCCUGGAGCAGAACGCCAUGCUGCCCCAGCUGGGCAGGCCCGGGCGCGCCAGCCUGCCCGCCGACUUGGGCCUGGUCGGGGACACCACGGGGGACACUCUGGAGAAGUUCGUGGAAGGAUUGUAGCAUUUACAGACAACACACACACACAUAUCAGACCUGGAUCAAAUACCGCAUUGUUUUUUGGAUUCAAGUACUUCUCUGCGCUUUUCUACUGAGCUUGUCUGGUGCGCUGGAACUCGUGAAAUACUCUCGAGAAGUGCAAACCCCCCCUUGCCUUCUGGUCCUCUUGGUUGGCUCGGUUGCGCCAGGCAAGAUCAGUUGAGUGUUCAAAGCAAUGACAUACUUGACCCGGGCCUGACACAGAUGCACGCAUGCACACACACACACACACACACACACACACACACACCCUCCACCUCCUUGUCUAUUUUGGGCCUCUUCGUGUUUUCACUAAGGACUUUUUGUACUGACAAUGUAAAAAGUUUAAAGGAAAUUGAAUAAAUCAAUGUGCGGGGAAUGCUAUUUCUUCCUAAAAAAAGAUGAAUGGCUGUUUAAUGAGAAAAAAAAAUAACUCUCAAAGAAUAUAUUUUUUGGUUCAGACCUCGUGGUCUGUUUUUGUUAUUUUAUUUACUUUUUUUGGUUGCUCUCUGGUAUGAACUCAUGCCUUUUUUUUUUCUU